AUGUCUGUCUCACAUGAAGUCGUGUCUUACACCACUCGGGGUAAAUUUGCAAUCAUCACAUUGAAUAAACCUAGCAAGCUCAACGCCCUGACUCUGAGUGAAUUCUACGAUUUGGCAAAUCUCUUAAGAGAGAUCGACGAACGACAUGAAAUUGUCGUAACCAUUCUGACUGGUACGGGAAGGUUCUUCUCGGCCGGCGCAGAUGUCAGCAGGUCGCCGCCACUUUCAAAUCAAGACACACGUCGGCACUUGCUACAGACAUUCGUCGCUGGAAAUCUCUACUUGACGCGUGCAGCUGCCACACACUCGAAAAUCCUUGUUGCCGCACUCAAUGGUCCGGCCGUGGGAGGUGGUGCUGCAGUGGCUGCAUUUGCAGAUUUCAUUUACGCAACACCUGAAGCAUACCUAUUACUGCCUUUCGCAUCACUGGGUCUAGUUGCCGAAGUAGGCACGUCGAGAACGUUAGUCCAAAGAAUGGGUAUUUCAUUGGCGAACGAGGCUAUGCUCAUGGGAAGGAAGAUCUCUGCCGAAGAGCUGCUGAAAUGCGGAUUUCUCAGUCAGAUCAUAAAUGCAGGAGAUAAUGAUGGAGACUUCUUGGCAAUGGUGUUGAAAGAGCUCCAAGUACUGCUCGGUGAUCAUUUGAGCAGUGAAAGCAUGCUUGGUAUCAAAGUGCUUCUGCGUCAGCCGACACGGGACGCGAUUGAUUUGCAUAAUGUUGCUGAGGUAUUUGCAGGAUGGGGAAGACUGGCCUCUGGGGUGGUGGACAUCGAGUUCCAAAAGAUUCGAAGUGGGCAAAAGAGGCAUAAGUUGUGA